AUGAGCUCGUUCCCGGAGGAACUCCCUGACUGGAACAACCUCGCUGUCAUUCAUCGUAAUGUGCUUCCAGCAAGGGCGUCGUUUUUUAACUAUACCUCAGCAGAGAAGGCGCUUAGCUACGACGAGAAUGUGGCUGAGAAGGUCAGCUUGAAUGGAGUGUGGAGGUUUCACCAUGCCGACUCUCCAUUCGAGGCUCCAGAACGCUUCAUGCAACCCACAUUUGACUCCUCUGGGUGGAAGGACCUCGUGGUACCUUCGUCGUGGCAGCUGGAAGGGUAUGGGCGUCCGCAGUAUUUAAAUUCCAAUUAUGGUAUCCCCGUUGAUCAACCGAAUGUUCCGUUCGAAGGGAACCAGACUGGGAGCUACAUUCGAAGAUUCACGAUCCCCAGCGCAUUCCAGGGUCACCAGCUACGUCUCCGCUUCGAAGGCGUGGACUCGGCCUUUCAUUGCUGGCUAAACGGCACAGAGGUUGGAUACUCCCAGGGCGCGAGGAACCCAACCGAAUUCGACGUGACGCACCUCGCCCGGAGUGAGCAUGAGAAUAUCCUCUGUGUUCGGGUGUAUCAGUAUUGCGAUGGGUCGUACAUCGAAGGCCAAGAUCAAUGGCGACUCUCCGGUAUAUUCCGCGAUGUAAACCUGGUGGCCUUUCCCCAGAACCACAUUCAGGAUUUCCACGUGCGUACUAGAUUUGAUGACCAAUACGUUGACGCGGUGCUGGAGGUGACAGUCCAACUUUCUACUGGGAUGGUCCCCCUGGCCCAUGAACUCUCAGUCGAGCUUUUCGACGAGACCAAGAGGGUGAUUAUCGCGCAGGCUACACAGACACGGAUGUCCAACAACACAACCAUUUUCAUACCCGUACGAGCACCAAAGCACUGGACCGCGGAAACGCCAAAUCUAUACCACCUGAUAUUACGAUUCGGAGCCCAAGUUAUAUCACAGCGAGUGGGGUUCCGCCAGGUGGAAAUGAAGAACGGGCUCCUUGUCGUGAAUGGGAAACGCGUGCUGUUCAAGGGCGCAAAUCGCCAUGAGCAUCACCCUCGUUUUGGGCGCACUGUUCCCUACUCCCUCCUCCGCCAGGAUCUGCUCAUGAUGAAACGGCACAAUCUAAAUGCUCUCCGGACCUGCCAUCAGCCAAGUGAUCCGAGAUUGUAUGAUAUCGCCGACGAGCUUGGCCUUUGGGUUAUGGACGAGGCGGAUCUGGAAUGCCAUGGCUACGACACGGUCGAGUCGCGGAAUCUCUCGCAGACAGAGAGGCUGCUGACACCGCAAGAACAGCAUGAUCUUGCAUUUAGUCGGGCGGGGGAAUGGAUUUCGGAUAAUCUGGACUGGCAGGAGGCAUACCUGGACCGCGCCCGCCAGCUUGUUGGCCGCGAUAAGAACCACCCAUGUGUGGUGAUCUGGUCUCUCGGGAAUGAAGCAUUCCAGGGGAGGAAUUUCCAGGCAAUGUACGACUGGAUCAAAGCCUACGACGGGACAAGGCCGAUUCACUACGAGGCGGAUAUCAAGGCCCGCAUUGUAGAUGUCGUGUCGACCAUGUACCCUUCCUUGGACAAAGUCCGGGCCUUUGCAGAGGACUGGGACGGAAAGAAGCCUCUCUUUCUGGUUGAGUUUAUGCAUGCGAUGGGAAAUGGCCCGGGAAAUAUCAAGGAGUACUUCGACCUCUUCUACGAAUAUCCAUGCCUGCAAGGUGGCUGGGCAUGGGAGUGGGCAAACCACGGUCUCCUAACCCGCACCGAUGAAGGCCAGGAAUACUUUGGCUACGGAGGCGAUUUCGGAGAAACUCAUCAUGAUGGACAUUUUAUCAUGGAUGGACUAUUGACUUCCGAUCACCAGCCAGGGCCAGGUCUCCUCGAGUAUCGCAAGGUAGUGGAGCCUGUCCAAGUGGUGCCUGGAGCUUCAUCGAUGAACUCGGUGCAGAUAAUAAACCGUUAUGACUUCCGCGACCUCAACCACUUGAGCUGCACGUACCAGAUUGUGGGUGAUGGGUUUCACGUCCAAGGGGGUGAGCUCCCUAUUCGCACUGUCCUUCCGGGGCAGGUAACCGAUAUAGACAUUCCCAUGUUACCAUUGGACACCAUUCCAAAGACGAAAGACGCCUUUCUCGAGCUGACAUUUGCUGUGAAAGAGAGGGACUUGUGUUGGGAACGCGGCGAGGAAGUCGCCUGGCUGCAGAUUCCUAUUCAAUCAGCUGCCAGUGCUGAUCAGCCUGCACUGCUGCAUACUGAGAAUCACUCACCAGUUCAGAUUAAAAAGGCCUCGCAGACCGUGUUAGACAUCCAAUCCACCAACUCGAGAUGGGCCUUUGAUCUGCUGCACGGUCAAGUUACUUCCUGGACAACAGGAACCGGCAAGAUACUUCAUGCUGGACCUAUGCUGACGGUUUGGCGCGCCCCGACGGACAACGACGUGACCGUUGGGAAAGAUUGGGCAGAGAAGGAAGUAAAGCAUGCUCGUCCACACACGCGGCAUGUUUCGUGGAGUGUCGACGAAAGUGCCAACCUGGCGGUCGUUCAAUGCACGCAGCGUUUCGCUCCACCCUUGCUCGAAUGGGCCAUUAACACCACCAUCACAUACACUUUCUCGAACACUUCUGUGCUUAUCAAGGUGCAAGGCAAGCCCCAAGGCCGCAACCUCCCGCAGACACUGCCACGUCUAGGUCUGACUCUUGCCCUGCCGUCCGAAUUCACGUUGGCAACCUGGUUCGGCCGCGGGCCUGGGGAAAGCUACAGAGACAAGAAAAGCGCGCAGAGGUUCGGUCUGUAUUCAUCGGAUGUAUCCAAUUUAUCAAUGGACUACGAAUACCCGCAAGAGUCCGGCAAUCGAACCAACACGCGGUGGGUGCGCUUUCACACCUCAGACAACAAGACGACGCUUGAGGCCAGAUUCGUCGACCGCCCCGAGGGGUUCGAUUAUCAAGCUUCUCAUUUCGAAGCAGGCCAUGUUGAGCAGGCAGGGCAUAUUUACGAGUUGGAAAAGUUCCGUCGUCCGGAAGUUAUUGUACGCCUGGAUGCUGAUCAUCAUGGAUUGGGCAGUGAGAGCUGUGGGCCCCCUGCAUUGCCUGAACACACUCUCAAAUUGCAACCCUUUGAGUUUUCGGUGCUUCUCACGGCCGAGUGAUCUGUUAUCUGUUCGAAGUAGAAUUAAGUAGAAUUGUGACGCUUGCCUCUUUCCUGCUGUCGUUGCGUGACUGGGCCUUGUAUCUUCAUAUAGAC